AUGAGAUAUAAGGAUAUAACAUUAUUAUUGUUUUGGGGUUUAGGGGUUCUGUUGGGAGUGCCAGAAAACAAGGGUUUAAGGAUUUUCCAACACGUCUUCACUUCAAGUUCAAAGUUUUUUGUUUGAUUUUGUUUUCAGAUGGCUUUGAUGUCUGGACUUCAGCGUCUCCUUCGCCAAUCCCCACUUCUUCAUUCGCACCAUGCUUCCAUUCGUUUAGCCUCAACUCUUACCUCCCCCAAACUUUUCGUCAGCGGUCUCUCUAGAUUGACAACAGAUGAAAAACUUAAGGAAGCAUUUUCUUCAUUCGGGCAGCUGGUGGAAGCUAAGGUGAUAACUGAUAGAGCCUCUGGAAGAUCAAAGGGAUUUGCCUUUGUAACCUAUACAACCAUAGAAGAAGCUGAAAAGGCUAGAGAAGGAAUGAAUGCUAAAUUUUUGGAUGGAUGGGUUAUAUUUGUUGAUCCUGCUAAACCAAGAGAGCCCAGACCUCCUCAGCAAUCACGGUCCCAACCCUCUGAAUCAGGUUUCACUGUUAACAAAACAGUUGGGUGGUGUGGUUGAGUACUAAACAAACUUUAAUUAUGGUCACCAUAUUUGGCUGAUUUUUUAGAGACUGAUUCAAAUCAGCCAAUUAUACUACAAUUUGUUGAGAAAUAUUUGCAUCAAACAGUUGAAAUUGAUAAUUAAACUUGGCAUCACCCAACUUGUUUUCCAUGGUUUUCAAUUUGUCAUGUAAUUCCACUGAAUUCUUGCAAGUUCA